GUCAAAGAUUGCAACUAAAUUUCAGACGCCAGACGAAAACAAAUCAUCUGAUAUUUUUGUUGUGUUCAUUUUGCAAGAGCCGAUGUUGUGUUUGUGAAUUUUAUUUAUUCAUCCUUUCAAAAAUAUUUAUCCUAUUCAAUAUUGAUUUUGUUCUAAAUGGGAUUUAAAGAGAUGAAUAACAACUAAAUACAAAGAGUUAUUAUUUGAUACGUAAAACAGAAUUUGUGCAAAAUGUCAUCAUUACAAAAGGGAAUGUUUACAUCUAAAUUACCACCACGGUCAAUGCUUCAAGAUAAUGGAAGUAAUUUAACAAAACGAAGCCGUGGUCCACCUACGGAUUUUACACCGACAACUUGGGACCAGUACUUCAGCGAGCGCAGCGACGUCAAAGUGGGCGACAACCAAUUUCGUCUCUACAAAGUGGGCAGCUCGGGACCACUCUUGCUUCUGCUGCACGGGGGAGGCUGCUCGGCACUCAGCUGGGCUCUCUUUGCUAAAAUAAUUGUGGAGCUGGCUGAGUGCCAAGUGGUUGCUAUGGAUCUACGAGGUCAUGGAGACUCGAUCACCACUGAUGAUGAAGAUCUGUCAAUUGAAACGAUGACCAAAGACGUGGUGGACGUAGUGCUAGCGGCUUUCCCAGACGUGAGCUCCAUGGUGGUGAUGGGUCACAGCAUGGGAGGGGCGGUGGCAGUUCACGUGGCGCAUGCGCAGAAACUGCAGCAGGCAAUGGUGGGGGUAGUGGUGAUCGAUGUGGUGGAGGGGACAGCCGUCUCCGCCCUGGCCAGCAUGCAGUGCUUCCUCCGCUCGCGGCCGCAGGCGUUUCAGUCGCUCAGUGAUGCUGUGCGCUGGAGUUUACAGAGUGGCCAGUUGAAGAAUGCAGAAUCGGCGAAAGUUUCAAUGCCUGGACAAAUUAAAAAUUUAAAAACGAAUAAAACUGGCGUCCAAGAAUUGGACUGCUCCAAGGAGAAAGGUGUUGAACGCGAAGGUGAAGAAACCUUUUUGACAGCUGAAAAGGAUACUAUCUUGGAAGAGGAAGUUACUGAAGAUGGCCCCCAAGUCCAGAAAAACUUCAAAGUGCCGACUUCAGCUAAAAAUUACGGCUGGCGAGUGGAGCUGCGCCGAUCGGAGCGAUUCUGGCCCGGCUGGUUCGCCGGCCUAUCAAAGCUCUUCCUUUCUGCGCAUGCGCAAAAACUUCUAUUGUUGGCCAAUCUAGACCGGCUGGACACUGAUCUCACUGUUGGACAAAUGCAAGGUAAAUUCGAAAUGCACGCUUUCGAGACAGUGGCCGGUCGCGUGGGUCACUCAGUGCAUGAGGACGUACCUGACAAUGUGGCAAGGGUCGUUGCCACUUUCCUCACCAGGAAUAAGUUUGCACAGUCGAAAGGCGACUUCCAUGGGCAAAUGCCGUGCUGUUGAAAACUUCCUCGACUGUUGGCAAAUUUCAUGUAAAUAAUUUAUUUUUGUUCUAAUUAAUUUUUAAAUUUAAGAAAUCACCAUCAGGUUGUUCUUUGUAUGUUUGAAAAUAUUUAUUAUAUUAAACUAAGAUAUUGAAUUUAGUUGAGGAAAAGUUGAGUAUGAUAUAAUGUUUAACGGUAAUCUGAAGAUAUUUUUGUUUAUUUAGAUUUGAAGAAAAACUCAGGUUUCUUGAGAAACCUGUUCUUCUAGUUGUAAAUUUGGUUACAAAGGAAAACUUUUAUCUGCGUGAAUGAAUCAAUGCAUCUUCUAUAAAAAUCCAGUCUUUCGAAAAAUAAUAAUGAUAUUAUAAAAAUCAUAGUUUAAAGAUAUUAUAUUUUUCAUCAUCAGAGUAGAUUUUCUGUAAUAUGGUACAAAUAUAGUAAUGUAGCAAGGAAUUUCCCGUUUGCUAUUGUCAAUCAUAUACAUUAUUAUAAUUUGAAUCAUUCUUAUUUAUUUUUGUAUGUGUGUUGCAAGAUUAAAGAAUUUAAUAGCA